AUGAUCGAUCAGUUGGCGAUAUUCACUGUUCAGGGCCAGUUGCUCUGUAAGUACAAUGCACUUGGUAAGAAGUUUUCUGAACAGCAAUUCAAUAAAUUCAUUCAUACACUAAUUGCACAAUCGAUAGCGACAUCUAAUUCGAAAUUUCCAACGCUAUCCGUUGACUCGCAUACAUUUAUGUUUCAUGAAACUAAGCAACCUUUUUUGUACUAUGUUGUUUCCUAUUCUUCAUCAGAGUCUUUGGAGUUGAAUCAAGAAGCAGAACAGGUGCUAAAUAUUGCUAUUAAACUCUGGGAUUCUCUUGGUCUGAACGAUGCUAUUAGGAAGAAUCAAGAUCACGCUAAGAGCAAAAAGAAUAGACAUAAUUACACAUGGUUAUUGGAAGGUGCGGAGGAUAAGCUUCUGCAGUUCGAGCAGUUUUUUACAGUUAAGUAUGAAUCCUUAAAGGUUACUAGUAAUGUAUCGAGGCCUCCCAAUUCUCUGGCUGAGAAACAGCAGCAGCAACAGCCAAAGAAGAAAGCAGCAGCCAAGAAGAAUCAGUCAUCCGUGAAGUCUAGAAAAUGGGGUGCUAAUGGGAUGAUUGACGACGAUGCUAUGGCUGAAUCAUCAGCACUAGACUUUUCUCCGGCUUCAAUGAGCAAUACCGCUUCCGAUUUAGCAGCAGUUGAUACAGAAGGGUUUGGCACUCGGACCAAGACCGGUGAAUUCUUGAUUAAGCAAAUUGACGACUUGUUAGUUCAGUCCAAGAAUGAUCAGAUGGAGAAUCAACAAAAGAAAUCACAAGGCAGGGCGUUUGACUUCCUGCAGAAGCACUGGUUAGGCAAUAAAACGAUUACUGAAAGCGAUCUCUCUCUUAUUUUAGACAAGCUCAAGAAACAACUGAUAGCAAAGAAUGUUACACCUACAGUCGCUGACUAUCUUGCUGCACAAGUUUCUCAAAAUCUUGUUGGUUCAAAAACAGCUAACUGGACUAGUGUGGAGAACACUGCAAGGGAGUCAUUAGGAACAUCCCUGACAAAUCUACUAACUCCAAGUGUAUCGGUUGAUCUACUCCAUGAAAUCCAAAGGAAAGCUGAAGAUCGCGAUAAAGAUGGGAACAAGAACCCAUAUGUUUUUUCUAUUGUUGGUGUCAAUGGUGUUGGAAAAUCUACUAAUCUCUCUAAAUUAGCUUUUUGGCUCUUACAGAACCACUUAAAGGUCUUAAUUGUUGCGUGCGAUACCUUCAGAUCUGGAGCAGUUGAACAGUUACGCGUUCAUGUGGAAAAUUUAGCGCAGCUAAUUGAUGAAGACCACGUACGUGGUUCGAAGAAUGAACGUGGUAAAACAGGAAACGAUUUUAUAGAACUUUUUGAAGCUGGUUAUGGUGGAUCUGAUUUGGUUACAAAGACAGCUAAAAAAGCUAUCAAGUAUGCCCGUGAGCAAGCUUUUGAUGUUGUCCUGAUGGAUACUGCUGGUAGAAGACAUAAUGAUGCAACUCUGAUGUCGCCGCUGAAAUCCUUUGCAGAACAAGCCAAACCUGACAAGAUUAUAAUGGUUGGAGAAGCAUUGGUUGGAACAGACUCUGUUCAGCAGGCCCGUAGUUUUAACCAAGUCUUCGGCAAAGGAACAACUUUGGAUUUUUUUAUUAUUUCCAAAUGUGAUACUGUGGGAGAUAUGUUAGGAACUAUGGUAAAUAUGGUGUAUGCAACUGGUAUACCAAUUUUAUUUGUUGGUGUUGGACAAACUUACACAGAUUUGAGGACCUUAAGUGUUCCAUGGGCUGUUGAAACUUUGCUAUCGUGA